UGUGGCCGACGCCAGCCGCCAUGUCCAAGCAGUUGCCCUCGAAGGAGAGCACGCUCUUCCGCUCCAUCGUGAAAUACUAUGAGAUCAAGCAGUACAAGAAGGGUCUCAAGGCGGCGGAUGCGAUCCUCAAGAAGUUCCCGGAGCACGGCGAGACGCUCGCGAUGAAGGGCUUGACCUUGAACUGCAUGGGCAAGAAGGAAGAAGCGUACGAGUUUGUGCGCCAGGGCGUCAAGCGCGACCUCAAGUCGCACGUGUGCUGGCACGUGUACGGCCUCCUGUACCGCUCGGACCGCAACUACGCCGAGGCCAUCAAGUGCUACCGCCAAGCGCUGCGCAUUGACCCGGACAAUGCGCAGAUCCUCCGCGAUCUCUACCUGCUCCAGGUGCAGAUGCGCGACCUCAAGGGCUACUGCGAGACGCGCCGCAUGUUCCUCACGCUCAAGCCCAACAACCGCAACAACUGGAUCGGCCUCGCGAUCGCGCACCACCUCCAUGGCACGCACCAAACCGCGAUUGACAUUCUCGACAAGUACUCGGCGACGCUCGAGACGUCCCGCGAUGCCAACUACGACGACAGCGAAAUGUACCUCUACCAGAACGAGAUCAUCCAGGAAACGGGCGACAUUGCCGCGUGCCUCUCGCACCUCGAGACCAUCAAGCCGUACGUGCUCGACACGCUCGUGUGGCGUCAGCGCAAGGCCGAGUGCUUGAUCCUCCAGGGCGCGUACGACGAGGCGAUGGCCAUCUACGCCGAGCUCCUCGAGAUCAACAUGGACAACUACGCGUACCACCGCGGCGUCCAGGCCGCGCUCUGCCAGCAGCCCUCGUGGCUCGCGCUCUCGUCGCUGCCGUCGGCGACAUCGGCGCUCACGCCGGCCGAGAAGACGACGCUCGGCGCCUUCUACAACAAGACGCCCGACUGCCCAACGCACUGCCGCAUCGCGCUCGACGUUCUCAGCGGCGCCGACCUCAAGGCCAAGCUCGAUGCGUACCUUCGCCGCGGGCUCAAGAAGGGCGUGCCGUCGCUCGGCUCGGACGUCAAGUCGCUCUAUGCGUCGCCGGCGUCCAAAACGCUCCUCUCGGAGCUGCUUGCGAUCUACCUCGCGGAGGAAGCGAGCGUCGCGUCGACCGAGUGGGUCUGGCGCCUCUACUUGGCCGCGCAGCACUAUGACCGUCUUCGCGACGUGACCCGCGCGCUCGAGUUCAUCGACAAGUGCCUGGCGCACACGCCGACGGUCCUCGAGUUUUACCAGAUGAAGGGCCGCAUCCUCAAGCAUGCUGGCGACUACUCGGCGGCCGCGACGAUCGUUGACGAGGGCCGCAAGCUCGACCUCGCGGACCGGUACAUCAACAACAAGGCGACCAAGUACUUUUUGCGGGCGAACCGGAUCGCCGAAGCCGAAGCGACGAUCGCGCUCUUCACGCGCCACGAAGGCGACCCGCAGCAGAACCUCUUUGAGAUGCAGUGCAUGUGGUACGAGAACGCGGUCGCGGCCGCGCACUCGCGUCUCCAGGCCAACGGCCCCGCGCUCAAGAAGUUUGCGGCCGUCGAGAAGCACUUUACCGACUUUAUUGACGACCAGUUUGACUUUCACAGCUACUGCAUGCGCAAGAUGACGCUGCGCGCGUACGUGCAGAUGCUCCGCAUGUGCGACACGCUGCUCCAGCACAAGGUCAUGGUCAAGGCGCUCCACGGCGCGAUCGCGGUCCAGCUCGCUCGCUUUGACGCACCCAACGGCAGCGCGGUCGAGCCUGCUGCGGACGCCAAGAUGUCGGCGGCCGACAAGGCCAAGGCCAAGCGUGCGGCCGCCAAGGCCCGCAAGGCCGAGUUCCGCAAGGCCGAAGAAGCCUCGGUGCAGUCGCAGCUCCAGAAGGAGCAGGAGGCCGCCGAGCGCGAGAAGCUCGACAAGACCAAGAAGAAGCCGACGCAGCGCGCACGCGAGACGCCGGUGGACAGCGACCCGCUCGGCGAGGCGCUCCUCGCCAAGGCGCCGCUCGAAGAGGCGUGGCGCCUCGUGAGCAUCCUCAAGGAGUACGCGCCAAACACGGUCGAGACCAACGUGGCCGCGUUCGACGUCGCGUUCCGGCAACAAAAGUACCUUCUCUGCCUCGAGGCGCUGCUCGCGGCGCCCCGCGAUGCGUGGAGCGCGCCGCUCUUGGUGCGCCUCGUGCAGCUCUACUCGGUGAAGACGAUUGCGUCGCCUCUCGUCCUCAAGCUCCUCGGCGAGGCCAAGGCGAUCCUCUUCCGUGGCGCCAAGGACCUCGCGGCGGUCGUCGCAGCGGUCAAGACCUCGGACGGUGCCAGAAGCUUGGUGUGGCGCGUCGCAGUCGCCGAGGCCGCGUGCCUCGUCGACGCCAAGACCAACAAGAGCUGGAUCAGCGCGUGGCUCCUCGAAGACCAGGCGCAGGGCGCAGUCGCCGCGUACGAAGCGGCCGUCGCAGUCGUCGCACGCUUUGCGGACGCCAAGGAGUCGGCGGCGUUCGUGGCGAAAGUCAAGGGCUGGUUCCCCCAUGCAGUCGCGUUCGGCAACGCGUACAAGCACUAAGUGCGUAGAGACCAUAGACUACUUGCAUGCCGCUACUGCUCCAACCAAUCGCACG